GUCGCGCCCGGCUCCAGCUGACCGGCCUGGAAUCCCGGCUGGGUGCCCCGCGCCCCCCCGCUCGCUGCUGCCGCCGCCCCGCGCACCGGCCCCAACAUGGGAGACGCCGGCAGCGAGCGCAGCAAGGCGCCCAGCCUGCCACCGCGCUGCCCCUGCGGCUUCUGGGGGUCCAGCAAGACUAUGAAUCUCUGUUCCAAAUGCUUUGCUGAAAAAAGAAAUCCGCACAACGAAAAAGACUUUCUGAACUAUGUACAAGUAUAUUUCCAGAAGAAGCAGCCAGACGAUGACUCUACUCCCAGCACAAGCAACAGCCAGUCAGAUUUGCUCUCUGGAGAAACGAACAGUGACAACAGCAAUACCUCUCUAACCAUGCAGGCCGCUAACUCCAACCAGCAACUUUUGACAGAACUGAAUGUAACUUCACCGAGCAAAGAGGAAUGUGGGCCAUGCACAGGUACAGCUCAUGCCUCAUUAACCACACCAACCAAAAGAUCUUGCGACUCAGAUUCACAGUCGGAGAGUGAGGCUUCUCCUGUGAAGCGGCCACGGCUACUGGAUGGCAGUAACGACAGGCCUGAAGAAACCAGUCGAUCCAAACAGAAGAGUAGACGCCGAUGCUUCCAGUGCCAAACAAAACUGGAGCUAGUACAGCAGGAACUGGGAUCAUGUCGCUGUGGUUAUGUGUUCUGUAUGUUACAUCGCCUCCCUGAACAACAUGACUGCACAUUUGACCACAUGGGACGUGGGCGUGAGGAAGCCAUUAUGAAAAUGGUGAAACUGGAUCGGAAAGUAGGGAGAUCUUGCCAACGCAUUGGCGAAGGAUGUUCCUGAGUGCAAGACUGCAACCAAAUGCUGUUCUCUUAGUUCACUAAUGUUAGCCUUAUUUAGGACAAAGUCAGCCAGACACCUUGUACUAGGCAAGUUUCAGACUACAGCCAAUCAGUUUCCUUUCUUUAGCCAACCGUCCUGGUACUGUAGUUUAGGGGUUGAUGGUGGUUGAAGUUGAUUUCUGGCUGGUUACUAAGGUGCCUGCUAGCCACAGUAUAAAAAUAAAACAUGAAGAAAUAUUAUUUUUGAGCAUGGCUAGUGGAUUUAAACAAGAAAAAUCCAAAGGCUUCUGUUAUUGCUGGAGUCACUCUAAAAGCCUUAUGCUGGAAACAUUCCAGCUGCAGAGUUAAAACAAUUAGUUGUACAGAAGCUGGUGUAAAAGUUUGCUAUGCACGUGGCUUUCAGACAAACUGUUUAAUGUGCAGCCUUUCACCUCUUCACUGCUAGUGAAUCCUGAGGAGGUGAAAUACUACUAAGAGCAGCAACUGCAGCUGCUUAAGCCCAGAAGACCUGACUGGUCACUCGUGCCUUCAUCGCGUGUGGCUUUUGAAUUAGGCAGUGUCACCAGCAUCAGGGAUUCUGUUGGGGUAGGAACAUCUUUCUGGUUCUUCCCAGGAAGCCAAAAAGAAAGGGGGACAGAGAUUCUUAUGAAAAAUUUUUAUAUCUAUCUUACUAUAAAGAACCUAUCAGGGUUUGGUUUUGUUUUGUUUUUUUCUUUCUUCUCAGUUAAAUUAUGAUCUCACUUUAAAGACAACUCCAUCCCAGAGCAGUAAGUGGUGCAUACUUUUUACAUGGCAUCCACAGAGAUUCUGUGAGUUGUGUGAACAGAUUCCACCUACCUUGAGCAGUGCAGCCAUUCCCACCGGCCAAAACCUGAUUGGCUCUUGUUUGCCUUUUGCUAAGUGCAGGUAUCUGAUAAUUGAUCAAAUAAGGCUAAUUCACAGCACAGUAGCCAUGGCUGGAUUCUACAGACUGACUUUCUGUAGCUAGACUUAUAUAUUGGGGGGAAAAAAAAGGACAUUUUGUAGCAAACGGAAUUUGGUAACAGUAUUGGGGAACCAACUGGUAAAACACCCUUUAUCAGAUUGAGUUUGUGUUCCUCACUUCCAGAGUGUCAAUGAGAUAAUCAAAUGGGCUAUGUCAGCCCUCUUUCUAUGCAGCUGAACGCUCUCAUGAAAAUCUCUGCCCGCAUCUAUUGCAAAGCAAGUAUAGCAAGUGAAUGUGAAAAGCAUUACAUGGAGUAGAAUGUUUCAGAUGUGUUUAGACCUAUGGUUCUGUAUUAUGGUAUGUCAUGUUGAGCUGAGCGGAAUUGCACCAGUCUUGUCAGUUUGGAAACAAAAAAGCAAACUUAAUAAUCGGCAUGUCUCCUGCUGCACACAGGGUUUACGCAGGUAAACAGGAUUCGUACCAAUGUGGCCCAGCUUAAUCCUGAGUGAAUUUAGCUUCUCAGUCUAUUAGUAAGGUAUUAACAAUCAGGUAAAUUUGUAAGAAAACCUGAGGGAGGGAAAGAUUUUUGUCUUGUCUUCAAAUACUGGGCAGAUAUAAAACAUCAGAGGGGGGAAGUAACGUGUCACUUGAAAAACCUCAACGUUUUGGGAGUAAGUUUGUAUGAGUCAUCCUCCAUUCUACUUGUUACAGGUAACUAAUUCCUUAUAGGCCAAAUUAUAUUGCUACUUUGGUGGCCAGUUAGGAGCAUUUAACAAGGAGACAACUAAUUUAAAAAAAAGAGAAGAAUAUAUAUGUCUCUUCACACACACACUCAGCAUCUGACUGUAUUAGCAUUAAUUAACCAUGAAGCAAAUCAGAAGUGUCCCAUCAUUAUAAAAUGUAAGCUAUACAAAAGGCAAGCUGUUUUUUUUAUUAUUGUUAUUGUUCAAGAACAUGAAACCAGCAGCAAAAUCUUCUGUAAUGUGCUGCAUUUUCAGGAACUGGUCCUGGUGAGAGGGACUGUCCAAGGGUAUUAUUUACAUUUGCCAUGAGGAGUUUAAAAAAACAUGGAUUUUGGCGGCUGCUGUGAUACACACUUUCUUUUCCUACAAAAUCCUACCAUAGCAUUUGAUGGGCAUUCUGAUUGAUACACAAGACUUUUCUGCAUUAAUACUGAAGAUGCUAUUUUGUUCCUCAAUAUUCUCUUUAAUCUUGUUACAAGUGCACAGAUGGUUUCAAGGUGGCUCUUGAGAGAACACUACUUAAAGUUCAUGUGAAUUAUGGACAAUGUUCACUUUAAACAAGAAGUUGGGGAGGGGAUUGUUCCUUUGCAGUAUCUGUUCUGUGAAGUUUGUUAAACGUAAAGAAAGCUUAAGUUCUUGUAUCUUAAAAGAAGAUCUUAUUUAACCCUUUUGUGUUCUAGAUUUACUUACACAUGUAGCCUAGAGCUCAGUUUUAGUUUAACAUUGUGAAAAUAUUAAAAGAAUCUUGUAACUUUAUUCUUUUUCCUCCUGCUAAAAAAAAUUAAACCAAUCAGAUUAAAGUUCGAAUUCCUUUCUGCCUAUUCCAACAGGUCUUGCUAUUUUGCACCAUUUCUGUUGUAAGUUCAUGUAAGAAAUAUCAGUGGGGAAUAUAACAACAUUAGGCCAGUAACUUCAAGCUGAAUUUACAAUUGGUGGAAGGUGGACAAUAUUUUCUGCCAGUUUGGAAGGGGAGGAUAAUAUUUCUGCUGGGUUCAAGUUUAGUGAUUUAUUUUGUAAGCAAAUCUGGCUAAAUCUACUGUUGCCUGAGUAUUGGUCAAUUUAAUUUUGAGGGUAGAUACAGUAAUCAAAUGAACAAGUUGUUCAUACUCUUAAGAAGUCAAAUGCAUACUGUGCACUAUAUCAUUGGCAUCAAAGUUUUAAAAUGUCUUAAAUGUUGUUUCAUGCAUUUUGACAACUCUGCACCUAGAGUAGCUAUAUUCCAAAUCAUAGUGGGCUGUAUUCAUAAUGAACAAGUAGAGGAAUAACUAUUGUUUCUUAAUCAUUUAGAUACUAGAAAUACAAGGCUAAUUAAAAAACAAUAGAAUGCAUUAGAGGGAGAGAGAAUAUCAAGGUGAUUAUUUAAAAACAAUUUUGAAAAUUGUUUGGAAUUCAAAGUGUGCCUGAUUCAUGGGACACCUACACCCAUUUUGUCCUCAAAUUAAUAUGGUACUUUCAAUUAUAAAACUGUGUGCAAUUCGUGAACAAGAUGGCUAUGUUAUAUAGUAAAAGGUAAGUUAUGUAAAGCAGCUCUGCCUUUUUAUCAAGUUGCAAACCUAUAGCUGGGUACAAGCCAAGGCUUUGAGGAAAACUAAGAAUUGCAUAUGAAUGUUGCUAUGCCAGAGCCUGUACUUAAUUGCACUGGUUUCUGUUUUGAAGCAGUUUAGUGUCUUGAAUGAGAAGCAAUGUUAACUGUAAAAUGAGGUACCUGGGAAUGUGAACUCUUCAGUAGUGCACAGACAACACCCUGGGAAGAGACCUGGUGCAAUUUUAGCAGUCCAAAAGUAAUAUUAACCACUUUCAUUUACUCCAUGGAAGGUGAUAUAUACAUUCAAAACUUGAAUUUUGCAUUACUUUCUUCUUUUGGACAAGUUAUAAUCCCCUGGCCCCUUGAACACAAUGUUCUGUUUAUAUUUAACCUCAUUGUGGUGUUCAGUUCAUUCUACAAUCAUAGCAGUUCCUUCUGUGACUAUGCUCCAACUUAGGUAUAAGUUUCUAAGGGAUGAAAGCACUUUUUUUUUUUUUUUUUUUUUUUUUUUAAAAAUCUUACCAUGACUAUUUCAAUACAAAGACUUGCUAGGGAAGAAAACUGUUAAUAAUGGUGUCAUAAAAAUAUAAGUUUUAUAAUAGAUUCCAAGAAAUGCAUCAGUGGGAUAACUGACAGCACCUGUACUCACAGUUGAUGUGUACACAGUUAAGUGCCCAGACAAAUGAAUUAACAUUCUCUUUGUUGUAGUGUAGUUACUGAAAUUGUCAGUCAUCAGUCAGUGGAACAGCAAAGAGAUGGUCUAAUCAAAGUAAUCCCUUAAUGUCACAAUGAGAUUGUAGCCAAUUCAUGCUGGAAAUAAUUUUGUAUGCUUCUGGGAACAUUUAUACCUAGAAAACAAAUAGAAAUAAACAUUUAAGACAACACUACUUAAAAUAACUGUAUUUCUUGGCACCAGCUGUUUAUUUCAUCACUCAAAUACCUGAUUAGAAUUCUGCACACAGAACAAAAAUAACAGAAGCAGUAGUAAGCUGUAGUUCAAUGCAGAAGCUGAUGUGGCAGGAGCUGCUGUAUAAGGAUACAGUUCUUGUGUAACCAGUUCAUAAUCUUAUUCUUAGCUGAGACUGUGUCUGUACAUACUUUGCUGUACAAAGGACCACACUGGAAAAACAGUGCAUAAGAUUAGACUGUUCAAAAGUAUUCACAAUGCAUAUUUUACAUGGUGAACUUGUGCAAUAGGGGGCUUUAUAUCUCACUGUCAGCAGCUUUUCCAGGAGAACAAACCUUAACAGUGCUGGAAAGAGCCACUCUUAAAUAACAGUUCUCAAAGACAUCAGUAGGAAGGACAUUUUUCCUUGUCUUCCUAGUCUUCAUUCAUUUUUCCUUUUUGUUGAGGUGGUCAGUGUGUACAGCUGGGCAUUUGAAAGUAGUUCUGCUUGAAUGUUGCUGCUCUUGGCUUUUCAGUACUCACCACAGGAAAAAAAGCAUCAACUUUGUUCUUGCAAGCCCCUGCACGUUAGUUCAAACAGGUUAAAAUAUGGACAUUGGUCUAUAGAAGUGAUAACCUCCUUGUGUAUUUUAUUACAGUGAUAGGCUAUUUCUUCAAUUAACUGAAACUUAAUGCAGACAUGAUUUACUUGUUCUGGAUGUUAGGCUAUGGGUUUCUUGAACUUCAGUUCUGUGAUAUUGUUCACAUACACCUUCCCAUGAACUCUGCACGCCUCAUCUUCCAAUCUGAAGUUGAGUCAGGAGGAAAGAAGGCAUGAAGGCAGGAGGCAGGAUGCAAAUUGACAUGCACUUACUGAUCACAUCCACCUUCCUCUUCAAGUAAAGAGGCGAAUUAUUACUUGCCAAACAGCACCAACUUCUUUGACUUGGUAAUACAGAAAACUGUUUUGCUUUAUCUUUGUGAAUAUACUUGCGUAGAGUUUGUCUGAGUCAAUUCUGCAACAUAUGUUAUAUGCAAAGAAAUGAAACAGGACUGUCAUAAUUAGAAAAAAAUUUGAUUGAUUAUUUAGUAAUAACUACAUAUUUUGCUACAGGACCUUCCUAUUUUGCAAUAUGCUGCUAUUUUCUUUGGAAGAAAAACAAGCAGAACUUUAUAAGACUAACUGUAAACCAAUUCAAAUUCAAUACAUGCAUCUGAAGCAUUAGGAAAAGAUUACUGAAAUUAUAUAUAGCUUUUAAAGAUGAUGACUGCAUCCUCUAACAAAAGGGUUUUGUUCUUCAGAUAGUAGCAAGUCUUGAUAGCAAUCAUUUAACCAUAAGCAGAAUCUUCCUUUCUGCUAGGUUUGUGCAAAGCUAAUAACAUGCAGUAGGAUGCUGUGAGUUAAUAACUUGUAGCACAGUGCAGUGACUGUGUAAGUAAUGAGAAUAAAAUUAUAGAGACCUACUUCUGUCUGUCACCUCUCCCUUCACACAAAAGGACAGAAUAUGGUACCUACUAUUUCCUCAUUGCUUAGUCCCUUUUCUUUUUUUCUGAGUUGCAAAAGACACUUUCCUUCCCCUACCAAGCAUGCUCAGGAAGGACAGAAAACCAUGCUCUAACCAGAGUUCUAAACACUUCAGGGUUUGGGGUUUUUUUAAAUAAAUAAAUAAAAUAGUUGAAGUCAGUCAUCUGCUGUAUCAGAGAUGCAACAGCAGGAACUCUCUUUAGGCACACUUGAAAAUGUUGGUGAUUUUUAGUCCUCUUAAAUUGUUCAGGGUCUCCUUGAAGCAAAGUAGCAAUCCUUAAUGCCAUGCCUUUUUUGUAUCUUUUGAAAGGAAGGCCUGCAUGAUCAGCGCUUCUGCAUUACGAAAGCUAAAUGAAAGGUUCAUGGUUAACUCCUGAAAUGCUUAGUCUCACCUCUCUACUUUUCAAAGGAGCAAAUAAAUGCAAGACUCUUAGAGGAGGGAAAAGAGAAUCUGAGCCCUCUACUAGAUAAGCUAAAUUCAGAGUUCAUUCUAGCAAGAGUUUGUCUCUGUUUUGUUGGUUUGUUUUUUUUUUUCCUCCUUUCUUCUUCUGCAGUGUUUAAAGUAGACUACAUUUGCUUUAGAUUCCUGAAAGCUUUAGCUAGACCAGUUUCUGGAGAUGUCUUUUAACAUACUACAUUUCGCAGCAGCAUAAGGAAGAUGAUGAGCUCCAAGAAUAACUUUAAAUUUAAGGUAACCACUGUUGGCUAGCACAACUGUUCUUGUCUAUGCUGGAGUUUUAAAGUGAUGUCUAGCUAAAAAUGUUUUAACUGAUCCACCUGUAUCAACUUUGCAUGAAUACUGCUGCUUUGGAUAGUCUGUCACAUGCCCAGCAGCCAGACGUGUUGUUACAUUUACUCUGUCUGCAUGCAGACUUUCCCUGUCAUUACCCCCAUGUUUGUAUAGAUUAAAAUCCUAAUCAGGUCAGCAGCAGUUACUUACAAAUUCUGUAGCUCUCUUCAAGUCACACUGCACACACCCAUUGUUUUUUCUUUCUUUUUUUGACUAUUUUGUCUCAGGUCUUGUCAAAAAUAAUAGCUCCAAACAGAUCUUUCCAUACAUGGACACAUACAGACACACACAAAUCUCCUGGGACAUCAAAUAGCUGAAGCAGAAUUACACUGCUGGGCUAAAAACAGCUUUCACUUUCUGCACACCCACAUACAUAUAAUCAGUCCUUGUCUGGCUUGGCUUCUUGGCAAGCAUAUUGUAGCAUGUCCCAAUAACUCAAUUUGCCUGUUUAAUAGUAGCUGUAGUUUAAUCAUUAUCAACAACUAUAGACUUAGUCCUGGAAGCACCAUUAUGCUCAUUUGCAAUUCCAUUAAAAAUACUCCCCCUGCCAACAGCUGAGAAGUUUAAGUGAAUGCUAACAAUCAGGUUACUGGUACUUUUCAAUAGUGCGUCUCAUGCUAUUCCUAGGGGCAUGGAACUCUGUGAAGGAGUAGGUGAAGGGUGCAUAUGUGUGUAGGUGUAGGAUCAGCUAGGUGCUGCUGACCAUAUUCCAUCUGCUACCUUAAUAGCAAUACUUUGCCUCUGAGGCAGCAACUCCUGCUGAAUUAGUGGGAGCAGGGAAAUAUGUGCUAUUUGAAACUUCUUGUCAGAUACCUCUGUCAGCCUCUGUUAUAGCACCCAUGCAGGCCUUCAUUUCUCUACUCCCUAGCUUCUCUGCUGUAAUUUCUGUAGGCUUUCUUCAUUAUCCCUUUUGCAAAUUCUCCCUCAUCAACUAUGACCCCCCAGUUGUCGAGUUCAAAGACAGAGGCUAUGUGAAGGCAACAUAACAGUAGAGAUGAUCACAUCUAAAGGUAUUGAGGCUUGUAUUGCCAGUAGCUGUUUCCAUCUGUAAUGAAAAUGUUAAGUGUGAAAUGACUGCUGCUGUUUAGUAUAUGAAAUUCUUAGAACUGUCUUAAUAUACUGUAGCAAAUAACAUUAAGGCCAAGUCGUACUUCCAGUUUAAAGCCCUUCUUCAUUGCUCUUAACUUUCCUCUGUGGACUGUCUCAAUACAAGGAACCUUAAGGCUAGUUUGAUACUGCAGCCACUAGAGAUACACAAGUAGUAUUUAAUAGUUCCUCUACAGGUACCAAACACCCAUCCAGACCAGGAAUAAAAAAUGUUGUCUUUGUUCUGCCUUUAAUUAUUUGUUUCUAUUGUUAACCCAAUGUUGUUAUUCUGUGAAUAAAAUAGAAAGCUAUCACUCAUUUGCCAAGUAAUGCUAAAUGUUUAUCAAUCACACUGAUUGAUUGAUUUAAAAUUAGCAGCAUGUGGUUGAUACUAUGGGCUUGUUUGGUUUCUUUACAUCAAGCUUCAUGAAGACAAUUCUCAACUGUCACAACUACUGAAACAGGCAGAUUUCAUUGACAUAGAAACCAUGGGUCAACUAGACCCAAGUCAAACUUCUUACGUAAUAAGUCAGAACCAGUUCCUUGCCUUUGCUGUUCUCAGUCUGGAUAAUAAAGGUAAAGCCAGUUAUGCUGCCUCAGCUGCAUGCAUGUGCAAGUUGUUCACUGGCUCAGCAGCUGCAGUGAUGCUCUGCACCAUUAUCCCCAAGCCCUGAAAGAUCUCAGGAUUCACAGAACCUGUCAUCCACAAGUCCCUGAAGUCAAUCAAGUUGUAUAUUGUACCUGCUCUUUCUAACCACUUUUGUUGUGUGAAACAAUAAAAUUGUUUAUAAAGAGA